UUGAGAGUUCUUCCAUAUUAUUCUUCAUACUUAGAAGUUUUCUUGUUUCUUUCGGGUUCUCGGGUAUUACGGUCUUGGGCUAGUGCUAAGCACUAUCAAAGGUGGUUUCUUUACACAUUGAUCAUCUCAUGGUACUCCUCCAACAUCUUACAUCGGCGUUCUUCUCCUCAACAAGUUCCUCCUCUCAAAUUACGGCUUCAAGUUCCCUAUUUUCCUCACAAUGUGCCACAUGUCCGCUUGCGCCAUCCUCAGCUACAUCUCCAUCGUCUUCCUCAAGCUCGUCCCUCUCCAACACCUUAAAUCUCGCUCUCAGCUCCUUAAAGUCGCCACUCUCAGCAUCGUCUUCUGUGCCUCUGUUGUCGGCGGGAACAUUUCACUCCGUUACCUUCCCUUGGGUUACUUAUGGUGCUCUUGUCCCUGUUGUUGCAGGCGUUGUCAUUGCUAGUGGGGGGGAGCCAGGGUUUCACUGGUUUGGUUUCAUUAUGUGCAUUAGUGCUACUGCGGCAAGAGCUUUUAAAUCUGUUCUUCAAGGCAUUUUACUUUCUUCAGAAGGGGAAAAGUUGAGCUCGAUGAAUCUGAUGUUGUAUAUGUCCUCUAUAGCUGUUGUUGCUCUUCUUCCAGUCACGCUAGUUAUGGAACCAGACGUGAUCAGCUUGACCUUGACGCUUGCAAAGCAACAUCAGUACAUGUGGAUACUUCUUUUGGUUAACUCUGUAAUGGCCUAUUCAGCUAAUUUGUUGAAUUUUCUUGUUACAAAACACACAAGCGCCCUCACUCUCCAGGUUCUUGGGAAUGCUAAAGGAGCAGUUGCAGUGGUGAUCUCGAUCUUGAUAUUUCAAAACCCGGUUACGGUUAUGGAACCCGGUUACGGUUAUGGGUAUUGGCGGGUAUUCCAUAACGGUCCUUGGGGUGGUUGCUUACGGAGAGAAAAAACGCAGGUUUAGAUAAAAACUAUUCACCAGCACAGAGCUUCUCUCCUUGUGUUUGGUUCUUCUUCUGUUCAUCAAGAACUUAUUAAUUUAGGACCUUCAAGUUUGGGGGAUUUCAGAGAUGACAAUGUCUCAAUAGUGAUUUUUGUAACUAUUCUUAUAUUAAAUAUGUAAUAUAUGUAGCUGACUAUAUUAGAUUCUAGGAUUCUAUGGUGAAGAUGUCAUAGUUGUUUUCUCAAGACAGCUUCCUUUG